AAAGAUCAGCUGAGUCCUUUGGACCUGACUGACUUAAUUCAGAAGCUACCGAUUUCAACGACUUUGGCCUAACUCUCUCCAAAACAAUGAAAUACACAAGUUAUAUCUUAGCUUUUCAGCUUUGCGCGAUUUUGGGUUUUUCUAGCUACCUCUGCCAGGCGAUAUCUAUUAAAGAAAUUGAAAACCUUAAAGAACAUUUUAAUGCAAGUAAGUCAGAUGUAGCAGACAAUGAGACUCUCUUCUCAAAUGUUUUGAAGAACUGGAGAGAGGAGAGCGACAGAAAAAUAUUUCAGAGCCAAAUUGUCUCCUUCUACUUCAAACUCUUUGACUCCUUAAAAGACAACCAGAACAUUCAGAGCAGCGUGGAAGCGAUCAAGGAAGACCUGCGUGUUAAGUUCUUCAACAGCAGCAACAGCAAAAUGGAGGACUUCAAGAAGCUGAUUCAAAUUCCAGUAAAUGAUCUGAAGGUCCAGCGCAAAGCAAUAAAUGAACUCAUCAGAUUUAUGAGUGAGCUGGCACCAGGAUCUACCCUGAGGAAGCGGAGAAGGAGUCCGAAGCUGUUUCAUGCCCGGAGUGCCUCAAAAUAA